AGGAGGAGGCGGCUCGGGGAGAGAGCGAGCAGCGAGCUGGACCGCGGAGCGUGAGUGAGGGAGCCGAGCCGCCUGCCCGCCCGCCCGCCGCCGCCGCCUCCCCUCCGUAAGCAGGAGCCCGGGCCGGGGCCCGGCACGCCGCCCCAGCCCCUCCCUCGUCGUCAGGCCGCGAGGGCAGCGCGCGCGAGCCAGGGGGAGGGAGAGCGAGCGAGCGAGCUAGCGAGCGCCGGGAGGAGGCGGCCGGACCGAGCGAGCGCCCGCGCGUGUGGCGUGAGGGGAAGCCGCUGCCCGCCCCCUUCGCCUUCCCUUCUCUCCCCCUCCCCGCUCCCCCCCCGACCGCGGAGCAGCACCAUGUCGGCGCCGGCGGCCAAAGUCAGUAAAAAGGAGCUCAACUCCAACCACGACGGGGCCGACGAGACCUCAGAAAAAGAACAGCAAGAAGCAAUUGAACAUAUUGAUGAAGUACAAAAUGAAAUAGACAGACUUAACGAACAAGCCAGUGAGGAGAUUUUGAAAGUAGAACAGAAAUAUAACAAACUCCGCCAACCAUUUUUUCAGAAGAGGUCGGAAUUGAUCGCCAAAAUCCCAAAUUUUUGGGUAACAACAUUUGUCAACCAUCCACAAGUGUCUGCACUGCUUGGGGAGGAGGAUGAAGAGGCUCUGCAUUAUUUGACAAGAGUUGAAGUGACAGAAUUUGAAGAUAUUAAAUCAGGUUACAGAAUAGAUUUUUAUUUUGAUGAAAACCCUUACUUCGAAAAUAAAGUUCUCUCCAAAGAAUUUCAUCUGAAUGAGAGUGGUGAUCCAUCUUCAAAGUCCACUGAAAUCAAAUGGAAAUCUGGAAAGGAUUUGACGAAACGUUCAAGUCAAACGCAGAAUAAAGCCAGCAGGAAGAGACAGCAUGAGGAACCAGAGAGCUUUUUCACCUGGUUUACUGACCAUUCUGAUGCGGGUGCAGAUGAGUUAGGAGAGGUCAUCAAAGAUGAUAUUUGGCCCAAUCCUUUACAGUACUACUUGGUUCCUGAUAUGGAUGAUGAAGAAGGGGAAGGAGAAGAAGAUGAUGAUGAUGAUGAAGAAGAAGAAGGAUUGGAAGAUAUUGAUGAAGAAGGAGAUGAGGAUGAAGGUGAAGAAGAUGAAGAUGAUGAUGAGGGGGAGGAAGGAGAGGAGGAUGAAGGAGAAGACGACUGAUGGAUUCCAACCUUCCUUUUUUAAUUUUCUCCAGUCCCUGGGAGCAACUUGCAGUCUUUUUUUUUUUUCCCCCUCCUCCUCUUGUGCUCAUUCGCCCUGUUUUUUGAAGUCUCUUUUCUCUCCCUUUAUACCAUGGUUCUCAACUUAUUUUGGGGGGAAAUACCUUGAGCAGAAUACAGUGGGAAAAGAAUCUCUACCCCUUUCUGUUCCAAAUUCAUUUUUAUCCCUUCCUGUCUCAACAAAAACUUUAUGGAAUCAACACCACCGUGCUCUGUGGGAAAAAAGAAAAACCUUCUGCUCCCUUAGCUCUGCUGGAAGCUGGAGGGUGCUAGGCCCCUGUGUAGUAGUGCAUAGAAUUCUAGCUUUUUUCCUCCUUUCUCUGUAUAUUGGGCUCAGAGAUUACACUGUGUCUCUAUGUGAAUAUGGACAGUUAGCAUUUACCAACAUGUAUCUGUCUACUUUCUCUUGUUUAAAAAAAAGAAAAAAAAACUUAAAAAAAUGGGGUUAUAGAAGGUCAGCAAAGGGUGGGUUUGAGAUGUUUGGGUGGGUUAAGUGGGCAUUUUGACAACAUGGCUUCUCCUUUGGCAUGUUUAAUUGUGAUGUUUAACGGACAUCCUGGCAGUUGAAGAUGACACUUUUAAAAUAAAAUUCUCUCCUAAUGAUGAUUUGAGCCCUGCCACUCGAUGGGAGAAUCAGCAGAACCUGUAGGAUCUUAUCUGGAAUUGACAUUCUCUUGUAAUUUUGUUCCUGUUUAUUUUUAAAUUUUCUUUUUGUUUCACUGGAAAGGAAAGAUGCUCAGUUUUAAACGUUAAAAGUGUACAAGUUGCUUUGUUACAAUAAAACUAAAUGUGUACACAAA